UAGGGCAGGGUAUCGUCGAGGCUUGGUUUUGGCAGCAGAGUUAUCGCGUCAGGAUUUGGGAUUGUAUUGCGAGCUUGCAGGAUAAUCGUUGCAGAUGGCUAUGACGACUCAGCUGGGUUCGGCGUUGCAUGCGCAGGGCUCAGAAUUGGGAGUUUUCCAGGGGUUUGGAAGGAACAAUGGAUACACAGUGGAACGGGCUGUGACCCAGGUGAACCCUGGAUGUGCUGUGAGCUCCAGGAGAUGUUUGGCUGUCACUGCUGAAAAUAAGUAUAAUAUUAGGGCUGCGAAGAAGGGCGCACCGCCUAUGAUGCCUGCCGUUCUCACCCCUUCCGGGCCCGUGGACUUGAGUACUCUUAUGUUUCGUAAUCGAAUUAUAUUCGUAGGAUCACCGGUGAAUUCUGAGGUGGCACAGUCGGUCGUUUCCAAGCUUUUGACCCUAGCAGCUAUCAACGAUGAGGAGGAGAUUAAAAUGUACAUCAAUUGUCCAGGUGGAAGCACUUAUUCAAUUAUGGCCAUAUAUGAUGCAAUGCAAUGGAUAAAGCCAGAUGUUAGCACUGUAUGCUUUGGUAUAGCUGCUAGCCAGGGCGCGUUGCUUCUUGCAGGAGGCAAGAAGGGCAAGCGUUUCGCAAUGCCAAAUGCUCGUAUUAUGAUUCAUCAACCGCAAGGAGGGUGUGGGGGAACUGCGGACGAUGUUAGAAGGCAAGUGAACGAAGUAAUGUCCUCUCGUGAUAAAAUAGACCAGAUGUAUUCUAUCUUCUGCAAUCAACCUUUGGAAAGAGUGCGGAAAUUUACAGAGCGAGAUUACUUUUUUUCUGCGGCCGAGGCAAUGGAUUUUGGACUCAUUGACGGUUUGUUGGAGACAGAAUUUUAAGGUUCAGUAAUGGCCUUUGCCCAACCGUCAUUGCAGAGUCUUUGUAAUGUGGUCUUAAUUGAAUCUGGUGGCAGUUGGAGGCUGCGAGAGUUCCAUAUCAGAGCAGGAGUAAAGAAGCAAUUCUUGAUUUCUGCUCUAGGCCAUGUAUUGUAUUGGACAUGAAUCUCUUGGGAAAACGUGUAACACUGGAAUUGCAUGGAAGAAUUAGUUGUAUUUGGAAAGGUCUUUUUCCAUUGGUUUUUGUACUACAUUAAAGACUAACAAUAUCCUUUUCAUAACCUUUUAUUAUUUC